AGACCGUACGUCAUCACGUCAAUUCCACAAUGCUGUGAAACAUCAGAGGAAACAACAACAGCAGCUAGCAGGUUUACACUUUUUUCUCUUUAGAAUCGUCUACUGAUUUCUCUUCACCUUUAAGAUGGUUAACGUUCACAAAGGUGUCCUCGUUGAAUGCGACCCUGCCAUGAAGCAGUUCCUCCUCUACCUGGAUGAAAAAAUGGCCCUGGGAAAGAAGUUCAUCCUCAAGGACCUUGACGACACACACCUCUUCAUACUGGCAGAGGUGGUUCAGACCCUCCAGGAGAGGGUUGGCGAGUUAAUGGACCAGAAUUCAUUCCCCGUCACACAGAAAUAACACUCAACUUUCUCGAAGAAGUUUUGCCUCUUGGACUUUAAGGAUCAUGGUGUGCACUGUUUUAGCUGCUGACUAAAAAGGAGUAAUUGCUCAUUUUUUGUUACAAUGUGGGAAUAUAUAAGUAAAAAGUGCUUUUACUUUGUUUGCUUAAUUUGUGCUGUCUUAUUAUGUCCACUAUGAAAUUAGAUGAAUACGUUUGCAGAACUUUGUUUAAAGUCAAUUUUUUUGAUUUGGUAUUUUUACAUCUGCCUCAGUUGUUUAGUUUAGUUUUUUAAAAUAAGAGGUUGAUUAAAUCAGUGGACCAAAAUAAAAUGCUAUAUUGACACAAA